ACAAGGAAGUAUAGCGGGAGUUCCGUCGCCAGCUUAUUUCAAAGGGUUUCAAGAGCAACCAGCUUGAUAAGCACAGUGAUAUGCUCCAGGCUUACCUGCUGAAACUAGUUCAGAGUGACGUGUUGAAUGAAAUGGGAAUGCAUCAGUCCGCACCAAAGCAAGAUCAUGUAUUCCCCGCCCCGACGGAUAUCUCGGAGGAUCUUGCCCCUGUCGAGCAGGAGCAUCAUUUUACAAAAGCUCCGCCAAUUCAACAGGAUUUAACUGUCGAUACAUCUGCAUCUCAGCAAGCUGGAUUCGGAUCUAUCCAACCACGAGAUCACGAAGAGGAAAUGCCUCCGACGUCUGCUUCCGCCGAAUCUGGCACCUCCACAUUUCUCCACACAAUUAUAAGCCGCGCUGUCUCACAGGGACCGGAAGCGCUCCCACAAGCCUUUGAUCCAUAUCCCCAGCUUCGUAAAGACCCUUGCUUAGAUGUCGCAAUCUCUUCAGGGCCAUUAUCAAGGGAUCAUGAUGGUCCGCAAGCUAUGGUUGCCGCCGCUCGGCAAGAGACCUCCGUCGCUCUCGAGGAGAGCCGGUCUAAUUCAGAAAUCACGCCUCAACCAGUGUCAAAGUUUUCCACUAAGAGCAUAACGCCCGUCAUUGAUAUUGCCACCCUUUUUACCCCUUUCAAGAAAUCCAGUAUCAUCAGCAGAAUCGGGGUGAAGCUUUUGGCCCUGUGCGUUCGAAAGUAUCGUGAUACUAUUGAGGAAGGACAGGAAGAAGACAAAAGAUGGAGGGCGUAUCUUUCGUCCCUGUGUUCGACCUCCAGAGGGGAGGAGCUAUUUGGAGAAGUGGCAAAAAUGAAGGCACAUCUCGCUCCGACAGCUGCGGCCCUCGACAAGAUCAACUUUAAUCGUGUGCUCGAGGGAUGGCCCAAAAUCAAAGUGCUUGAAUCACGAAAAGCAGCAAUCAUUCCAAUUUUAGAUGAAGGUUUCUUCAGGCUAUGUGAGAACCUCGGACGCGCUGAGCGGUACUCGGGGAUUGACAUGGCCAAAUUCUGGACUAUUGAAAUCGAGGAGUUUAAAGGGAUUAGGCGACUGAUCGACUGCCAAUAUAUAGCUCUUUCCCAGGGACAUAGAGCCAAAGCGCGAAUGACAAAGUCCUGGUGGUUAGCAGCCGCAUUGGAAGCGACAAUGACUGAAGACUUUGCAACCAGCAUGUCACAAGAUUCAUAUACGGAAUCGAGAGAGGAACGAUUAAUGGUAGUAGGGUGUUUUCCAGCGCUCCUUCUCACUUGUUCUCAGUGUGCGAAGCCUCAUAUUGAAUUCAACAUUCAUUACAACUGCGACAAAUGUUUUAAUGGAAGCUGGAACAUAUGCCUGGAAUGCUAUAGAGCGGGCAAAGGCUGUCCCAACUGGUUUGGAUUUGGUUCCACUGCUUGGGCUAGGUGGGAGAGGCUUAAGUCUUCUGGAUACUUAUCUGCGGGAGCUGAGCAACCGCAUACACUGAUUGCCAGUCGCUUUGCAGAUCUGGCAUCCACAUCGAGCAUACCACUGUUACGUUUGGAAACAGGAAUGUUUUGCUCCAACUGCCUGAAAUGCGCUAAUGAUUGCUAUUUUCAAUGCGAUCUCUGCAACAAUGGCGACUGGGGUUUCUGCUAUGACUGUGUCAACCAAGGAAGAUGCUGCACCCAUCCUCUUAUCCCCUGGGCGUACACAUCAUACGAGCUUAAGACCUCACCAACGCCUGGCCCGCGGACACGAUUAUCACCUUCAGCCUUAACCGGCCAGGGAGCCGUCUCUCGUGAUCCCUUCGAGCCACUCACUUGGACGGUCGCAUGCGAUAUCUGUCUUGGAUCCAUUCAGCCAUUUGCUCCCCGGUUCCAUUGUUCAUGGUGUGCCUCUUCGUCUGAUGACUGCGACAUUUGUUACAGUUGCUAUAGCGAGCUUGAGCGUAGGGGGCGCAUCGCUCCAGAAAACGGACAGAAAGGGUGGCGGCGGAGGAGCCCUACGUCUCAGAUUAUGGCGAUAUUCUCGAUACAUGCCUCAACAGCGUUCGAGUCGGACCAUCUGUCCGAUGACCAGUGCCGGAAGCAAGAAUUUGUUGUCUGAGAAUGAAAGUGUGCACCUCAAGGCAAGCACUUGGGGUGAUGACAGCCACUGUAUCACAGAGCGACAGCUCUAGCUAUCUUCUGGAUCACUUCUGACAUAUAUCAGAGAGUUGUGGAUAACCAAAUUGGGGAGUCCGUUUCCAAUUCGGAUGU